AUGAAUUGCAAACUGUGCAAAUAGAGUUCACAACAGCUGAUAUUUGAGAAACUACAAAUAAAGUAUUUCGAAGCCUUCAACUUCUAUUUUGCAAAGCCAAUCAAUGAAAUUCUAUCAUAAAUUGCUAAUACUCCUCAUGUAAUCUAUUAUAAGGAUUAUGUGAUAUUAGAUGAAUAAUAAGAAUACAUGAAAAGAUAUUAUAAGAAAGAAGAAGUCAAACCAAGACUUGACAUUUUGAUUGACUUUUACGUAACAAAUUACAAAGAGGCUCACCCUUAUUUACUAGUUGUUGAGAGUCAUACUUUAAUGGCCAAAAGAAACAAGAAAAUUGACAAGCUUUAUUAUUAGAGAAUGCAAGAGAGUGAAAAUUCCAAUAAAUCCUAGAAUCCUGUUGUUGUAAAUAAUGUACUCAAUUCAAAACUAUCAUCAAAAUCUCAAAUCAGUUAUGAAACAGUAGAACACGACAUCUAUUCUUCUGAGGAUCAACCAUAGAAAUAGAGUCGCAUCGAUUUCAAAGGCAUAACUCUCCUCAAUAAUCCUGAAGAAAGUAACUUAUUUCUUGAAAUGCUGGACAAGUAAUACCAAAUUAUAAAUAAAAUAACCAACAAAAAUAAGUUACUGCCUCCAAAUUUUUACAUCAAAUCUCCUACCCAAAGUCAAUAAAACAUACAAACCAAUCUCAUUAAGGAUCUUCAUGCAAUGAAAAGCGCCAAGAGAAGAACCCAUAACAUGGACCUCAGGGAGAAAAAGGCAAUUUUUGCUAAUUCCAAGAGUGAAUCAAAGCAUUCCCAAUCGAGUUUCAAGAUGUCUAGGAUCAAGGACUCGGUGGAUUAAUAAGGUGAUCAACUUUGCGAUUAUGUCUCUGGAUAAAUUGAACCCUCUGAUCUGGAAGGUAAGAAUAAGAUGUCUCGAAUAUAGAAUGAUAAUUUCACAGUCUAAAAGAUGCUCAAGGAAUAUUAAGGCAAUCAAAUCAGACAAUUAAGAUCAACUAUAUCAUAAGACUUAUUAGUUGCAAGUACAUCUACUCUUAUAUAGGGAUUUUAAGGUUCUUAAAAAAGCAGUAAAUAAGAUCAAAAUAACAAUAAUGGUAGUAUAUAAAAUAUAUCAUAAAGACAAGAAUAAUUAAAGAAAGUAUAUUAACCAGCUUAAAAAAAGAAAAUAAACUAGAAUCAAUUGGAUAAAAUUGCAAAGGGGGGAUGUCUGACUGAUAGAAAUAUGAAAUAGUUGCCCAUUUCUGAAGAUUUGUUUAACAAAUUGCAUGACAUCAAAAUCAAAAGUUCAUAGAAUGCUGAAUCCUAGAAGAAACCUGAAUUCAAUUACAUGAUACCAUCCUAAUAUAAUGCGAUGUCCACUUUCAAAAUAGGCAAUAACAACAAAGCCAAAUCUCAAUAUGCCAAGAAGAACAUGGGACUAGAUUUAGCCACCAAAUCGUAGCAUUAGUAAUAGGGAAAUCAUAGCCAAUCUAAAGUGCUGAACAUUAACACACAGAAAACUGAUGAUAUUGUUAAAAAGUACAUUUAGUUGGCCACACAAUCUAUACAAAAUCAUAAAAAAUUUGAUUUCAAAUUGAAUCUUUAAAACUUAAAUAAUAAUGAACCUCAUUUAGAUGAAGAACUCUGUAUUUAUAACUAAUUAUAUAUUAAAUAGAAAAUAAACGUCUGA